ACACACUGCAUUUCACAUGUGAUUAAACUGUCAGGAAAUCUGCUCCUCUAACACAAUCUCCUGUACAUGUAGUUAUGUUUACUGUGACACACACACACACACAGUGUGUUACAUACAGAACGUGUGGGUCAGUCACAGAGCAGGUCACUGUUAAACUGACCUGGCACUGAAGUCUGUGCCCUAGUGAGGGGUUUAUUAGGGUGAGAAGCGUGUGCUGGAGCUGAACUCUGUACAGGAGAAAAGAAAAACCUCCUGAACGCCACAGCUGAUGAAAUCUUCCAUCUUUUCCUGCACACAGAUUCUCUAGAUUUAAUUUUGGUGUUUUUUCUGAGCUCUUCUUUAUAGAGUCAGUGUUUGGGGUCAGGGAUACAUAUGAGCUCAGGGUCUGACGUCAUAAAACAGUCAUAAAACAGUCUUCAACACUCUGGACCAAUCAAAGUCCGAGUUUACAGGAUGACCCCGGAAGCUAUUGAUCUCAGCUCAUUCAAGUGAUGAAUAAAUGUGGAUGUUACUGUACAGUUCUAAUAUUCGGACAGAUUUUCUAAUUGCUAUUGUAUUAGCAGUUAGCUAAUAGUCUGCUAGUGAUGGCAGGAGGGCGUGUCCUAAUUAGCACAUAUAUGUUAAUUUAUUUUAUGUGUUGUGUUUGUGUUUAAAUGAAAACCUUUUGAAAGGGUUUAAUAGUGGUCACUGCCUCGGCUCCGUUGUGGCGUGGUGCGCAUGCUCGUGACGUCGUGGGGGCGCGUCCUCACCGGAAAUGCGUCACCUGAAUUCUUUGCCAUUUUUGUUUUGGCUAAUCUGUCAGAGCUGGAGAGAAACUCUUUCCAUGUGCGGUGUUUAAGGUGUGAGGAUUCCAGCGACUGUCCGCUUCACAUCACAGACAACAUUCUCCGGAUAAAAACUGGCCCGGCCGAUUCCCCCCAUCAUGCCCGCCCUGUUGGAGAGGCCCAAGCUGUCUAACGCCAUGGCACGCGCUCUACACAAACACAUCAUGAGGGAGAGAGAGAGAAAGAGACAGGAGGAGGAAGAGGUGGAUAAAAUGAUGGAGCAAAAGCUGAAGGAGGAAGAGGAAAGGAAGAGAAAGAAGGAAAUGGAGGAGAGGAUGUCUUUAGAGGAAACCAAAGAGCAGAUAAUGAAGAUGGGGGAGAAGCUUCAGGGUCUGCAGGAGGAGAAACACCAGCUGUUUCUGCAACUGAAAAAGGUUCUGCAUGAGGAGGAGAAACGUCGAAGGAAAGAACAGAGUGACAUGACGACACUGACUUCAGCUACAUAUCAGCCCAACAUGGCCGUUCACUCAGGACAGCACCUGCUCAGCAUGCAGCGGUCAGUCUCUCACGCCCGGUCUGCAGUUCUGUUAGGAGAGCGCAGCAAGCAGCUUUUCCAGCCUCCUGUCAUUUCUGGUCGUCCUUUUCCAUCUCAGCCUGGUUUUGGUGCUGUUGUCUCUGAGCACACUCAGUUUGGUGUUCAGGCAGGUCAUGGGUCAUUUGGAGUCACACAGUCCCAACAUGCCGCAGCCUUUAACCCCAGCCAAUCAGCACCCGCCACCUACAGCAGCUCCGCCCACAUCCGAGGUGCAUCAGCAUUCCAGGCCAUGCAGUACUUGCCCCAUCAACAGACUGGCUACACUGUACACACUCACUUCACCUCCCAGCCUGGUUUUCUUCCCAGUGCUGCGAUCCCACUACAGAAGCAGUUGGAACACGCUAACCAGCAGUCGGGCUUCACUGACUCUAGUGCGUUGAGACCCAUGCACCCUCAGGCUCUCCAUGCCAGUGCUACAGGUUUGUUGCCCACUCCCUCCAUCGCUGUGCAGAUCCCUCACACUAAGGCUGGCCUGCCUUACGCACCACCACCCAGGCCAGCAUCACCUGGAUCCUUCACACAGCAUCCGGCUACGUUUCAGAGCUCGUCUCAGCCGCCACGCCACACCUACCUCUCCUCUCACACCCAGUCAGGACAGAGGUUCUAUCACCAUGGCAAAUAAUCAGCCACUCAGGUGAUGGAUGUAGUGGGUGUGGUCCAGGUUCAAUGACCUUGCUGGCCCCAAUUCCCCCUUAUACGCACACACACACACACACACACACACAGAGUAACACUUUAUUAAAAAGAAUCUGUAUUUUAUUAUAGGCUUUUAUUAUCAGCACAAUGACUGGUUUAGGCAGUGGUGCAGUGAGGGAGCGGUCUGAUCAGGCAGCGUAUAUAUAUGUAUGUAUGUAUGUAUGUAUGUAUUUGUGUGUGUGUGUUACAUCAUCAGUCAGUUCUGACAUCAGCCUGAGGGACGUAGGACAGUUAGAGAUGUGAUGAAGGAGUUAAUAUAUAUGAAGGUGAAGCACAUUUGUACGUCCAUACCUGUGUCUAUGUCGAUGUGGACCAGACCGUGUCCAGACCAGGGAGAUCUAAUGCAGGACAUGUAACCCAUACAUAGCAGUGUCCUAACAUCUGUCCACAGCAGUUCAUUUCUCCACAGUCCCGCGUCACAGCAGCCUUCAGCAUCUGUCUUCAUACAGAGGUUAUAACGCAUGGUUCCUUCAGCAUGAUGUGGUUUAAAUACCAAAAUGUUAAACACUUCCUGUUUGACUCGGUGGACUUAAACACUCAUAUGUACACAUCAUUUAAUCAUCAUGCUUCUCUAAUGCACUCUUCAACCUUUACUCUUUACCUUUAUUUAGCAUCAAUUUCUUUCAUUAAAUUUGCUCUCAGGGCUUGUUGUGUAAAUACCCCCCCUCUCUCUCUCUCACACACACACACAGUGAUGAGGGGAAGAGUUAUUUUGCUUAAAAAUGUGAUGUAAAUAGUUUGAACAAAGUUGCACUAAAUUUGUUCUGAAAAUAAACAGUAAUUGUGAACUGA